GAGACGUGGGAAAUAAAAGUCACAGAAAAGAAACCUGUGGGAUUUUUGUUGUUAUUAUUUGCUCUUGGCUUAUGACUUACUUUCAGAUAAUCAGUUUGCAUUAUAUGGUCAGUAUUUUAGGUUUGCUAACAAAUGGAUGAAAGCUUUUUUCAAGAGUCUCAUGAUAGUGGUGAUUACUUAGAGAAUGACUGUCAGAAAAAGAGAAACCUAUCUGGUUCAAGUUCAUCAAAAGAUAUCAGGAAGGCUGUUGAAGAUACAUUGUAUACUGCUACAAAUACUUUGGAUUUGAGUAAGAAAAAUCUUCAGCAUCUUACAGAGGAAAUAUACAAAUUACCCAACCUUAAGCAUUUGCAUCUGGAAGGAAAUGCUUUAUCCAUAAUUCCUAAGGAUUUAUUUCAGCAGCUGCCAAAUCUUGUUUGGCUGGAUCUCCGGCAUAACAAAAUUAAAACUCUUCCCCCUGGGAUUGGAUGUCACAAGCAAUUGAAAACUUUACUUUUAGAAAGAAAUCCUAUAAAAAGGCUGCCCGUGGAGCUCGGUAACUUGACUUCAUUGACAGCAUUGAAUCUAAGACAUUGUCCUCUGGAGUUUCCACCUCAAGAUGUUGUACAAAGGGGACUGCAUUCCAUUAUGUGCUUUCUCCGAAAUGUUGGUAGUGGAAAACUUGUCGAUUUAGAGCCAGCUACUCAAGAAUUGCCUUCUAUGCUACAAGAAGAAGCAAAGGCCAUUGUUAAAGAGUACAAGAGAAAUUCAAAGACAUACCCUGUCUUUAGGAAAGCAUUCACUGGUCCAUGGAAACAGAUGAGCUUCAUUAAAAUGCCACCUGUUGAAAAGUUGAACUUAACUGAGUUGAUGGAAUCCAGUUUGGAUUUGUCAGAUGAGUGGCCUAAUGAAGAAGAAAUGCUACGAUUUAAGAAGCUGAAGGAGGAGAUUAUAAAAGAUGAAAAGGAAGAAUUUCUUGCUAACCAGGAUUUGUACCCUAAAGCCACAAUGCAGGAGUUUCCUGAGCUCAGAAACAAUAGCAGAAAGAAAGAGAGGCUCUACCACAAAUCAGCGAUACUUUCCAGGAAGAAGUUCUCACAGAAGAACAAUUUUUCUGAGUUUUCAUCAUAUGAUAAGAUGAUUCAAGCAAAACGAGCUGAGGCGUUGAGAUUGGCCAUGCAAAAGGAAAUGAAAGAGACACAGACAUUUAUUGAACAACACAGAAAAGAUAAAGAAGUGCUUCAGGAAUGGAGACAGCGUGCCAAGAUGUUGAAGGAGAAGAAAGAAGUAUUGUUCAGGUAUUCACCUUCAAAAGCAGACAUGAUAUCAAAAAGUGCACCAUAUGCUACCGAUAACAUCAAUUAUCACAACACAAGAGAAGGAUGUGAAAACCUAAAGAAAUGUACUCUUGAAAAAAGUGAACAUGUGAGCAGAAUGAUGAAAAUAAAUUCUAUAAGAGAUGCUGAAGCAAGAACCUCCAGAGAAAAGGAAUUGGAACAACGCAUCAAACAGCAUACACAAAUGACGAAAGAAAGAAGAAAAAAGUCAAAAGGGACACCACAAGAGAAAAUGCAGAGAGCAAAACAAGACAUUGAAACUGCUGAAAAGCUUCAGGCUGAACUGCAGAGUAUUGAGACCCUGCGAACCCGUCGCUGGUUGAGAGCCAGGUACAGUGUGGAGGAGUUCAGAAGUGGCCCAGGAGAAGUGGAUGAUGAUCAGGUGGAGCUGAUAGCCCCUUGA